AUGCGCUUCCCUCUGAAGAAAAUACGCAAGCAGUUCAAGCUCCUCCUGCUCCUCGUGCUUCUCACGUUCGCCAUUGGCUUCACCUACCUGCAUGUCAUCCAGGGCAGGGCCAUCAAACUCCACUCCAGCUAUGGCAAAGAUAUGGAGAGACAAACAGAAGGCUUGGGUUCCGGCCAGAAAAAGCUGCCUCACUCCUCCUCAAGUCACCCAGAAGACACCAAUGACAGCGCCAAUGAGAUGAAGCAUGGUGAUGAGCUCAGUGAAUCUGAACAGGAAAGAUAUGGCAAGCCAGAUAUCCAAAAACUUCUCAGCCAGAAGCUCCUCAAGUUGCCAUGGAAACCAGAGUAUAAAGGCCAGGCCAACCUGCAUGUGUUUGAGGACUGGUGCGGUUCAUCAGUUUCCCAGCUCAGGAAGAACCUGCACUUCCCGCUGUACCCACAUGCCAGAACCACAGUGAAGAAACUGGCUGUGGUUCCGAAGUGGAAGAAUUACGGCCUCCGCAUCUUUGGCUUUAUUCAUCCAUAUAAAGACGGAGAUUUCCAGUUCGCCAUAUCCUCUGAUGAUAACUCUGAGCUGUGGCUGAGCUUGGAUGAGAAUCCGCUCAAUGCCAAACUCUUGGUAUACGUGGGGCAGCACGGCUCUGAAUGGACGGCUCCGGGUGAAUUCAGCAAGUUCAGGUCCCAGAACUCAAAGUCUGUACACUUGAUGGCCUCUAGGCGGUACUACUUUGAGAUUUUACACAAGCAGGAUGACAAGGGCUCAGACCAUGUGGAGGUCGGGUGGAGGCCCUUUUUACCUGGCUUGAAGUAUGAUGUUAUUAACUCGGCCUACAUCUCUCUCUAUACUGACGAGUCCAGCCUGAAGAUGAACAGUGUGAAACACAUCCCGCAGACCUUGGCUAGCUACACACACACUCUACAGGAGGUCCACAGUUUACACACACGUGCUGCGGACAUGCUCAGACCAGACCCACGUGACACAUUCUACAAGAUCCCAAUGCUGGAUCAGUCCAGGCUGGAGAAGGUGCUGCCGUCUUGUGUUUACGCUCCUACCUACAUUGUGAGAGAUUUUCCCAUUGCACGCUACCAGGGUCUGCAGUUUGUGUAUCUGUCCUACGUCUAUCCAAAUGAUUUCACCAGACUCACUCAUAUGGAAAGAGAGAACAAAUGCUUCUACAGGGAAUCUCCAGUGUACUUGGAAAAGUUUGGCUUUUAUAAAUACAUGAAGAUGGAUGAAGAGAAGAAUGACAGGCCUCUUUUCUUUCCAAAUCCUGAUGAUUUCCUAGAAGAAGAAGAGGGUGUGGAUCUAGAGGAAGACUCAGUCAACUCUAACCGCCAUCCAGUCAUGAGGACCAGCAACAUCAGCAUGUCUGAGCAGCUGUCAAGUUCUUCCUAUAGCACAAUCUCUAGUAAGGACCAAAGAGGCAGAGACUCAAAAGGUCGCAUUUUAACCAAAGAGCACAUAUACUCCCAUUUCAAAGUGAAACAAACCAGAAGGAGGAUUCAACGAGAAGACCAUGGGAGAGAUGAUGGCUACCAUAAACACACUCCACAGGAAGACAAACAGAGAAGAAUGGAAAAAGAGAGGCAGCUGAGGCAGAAUAGGCGCAUUAUCGAGGCAGACCGUGAGACUCUAACAGACCAUAGAGAGAAUAUGGGAAAAGGAGACGAUGCCACAUUGCAAAUCCAUGGACAGCGUUCUUUAAAGUGGGUUCCACAAAGCCCUGUACAGCAAAGCAAAAAGAUCUCUCCUCUAAGGCUGACCAAAACAUUCAAGAAUUCCCAGAAAUACUCACUAUAUACGUUGGCAAGUCAUAUUCUGAGCAAUGGGGCACAUCCUGCAUUUCAAGAGAAAGAAGUUAAGUCAAGCAAAUUCUACAUCACUAAACCUCAUCCAGCAAAAAGUACACCAAAGCCACCGGUGGAGAUCUUCCCUGGGGUCUUUUUGUACCAAACCACAAGUGGCAAAAAGCUUGUGGAUUUCAGUUCGAGGUGGAAAUUCAUGAAAAAGCGUGACUCCUGGCCAAAAUUCAACCAUAAAUCACCCACACAGCAAUUGAAGCACAGCUCCCUACUCUUGCCUACUGUACAAGUGAAGCAUUUUCCAUCAUCCUCCAUAACAGAUUUGCCUCCAACAAGCUCGGAUCUUACAGGGAAAAAUGCAUCAGACAAAAGACAACCUGUGGAGAUCAGGAUCACCGAAGCUUCAGAGAUGGUGGAGGAGUCACAGCAGACAGAGAUUGCUGAGCUUAAAGAUGGUGUCAUGUCUGAAUACAGCUACGAGGAUGAAGAGCCACAACCUGGCUGGACUGAGGAGGCCAUCAACUGGCAACGUACAUUCAGCGUGAACCCAGUGGACUUUGAGUUGCUCAGGUCUGACUGGAAUGACCUGAGGUGCAAUGUGUCUGGAAAUCUACAGCUGGCCGAGAGUGAGGCACUGGAGGUGAUCUCGCAGUAUGUAGAAAAGAUAAACAAGUGCAAUGGACGGAUCUACUCCCUCCUCCAUAUUGUGAAUGUUGAGAAGCGCAGAGAUCCAGCACGAGGAAGCCGUUAUUUAGUGGAGCUGGAGCUAAUGGAGGCAGGGGAAAGAGUGGUGCGCCUGUCUGAGUAUAUCUACUUUCUUCACCAGCGCAGCCGCCAUGAAGAAAUUAUAGAGAGCAGGGAAGUCAUCACUCCUUCUGGCCCCACUGUGCCCUCGAAAUCACCAACCAGCAGCAGCUCCAGUGCACAGUCUCGGUCCUCCACGUCCUGGAGAGGUCACUGGCCAAAGCCUCUGCUCUGUCAGCCAAUCAUGCUACAGUGGAGACAUGAUGUCAUGGUCCACAUUGUGGUGCCAGUGAAGAACCAGGCACGGUGGGUUCAGCAGUUCAUCACUGACAUGGAACUCCUGCAUCAAGAGACCAAGGAUGAAAACUUUAGCAUCAUCAUCGUGGACUUUGAGAGUGAUGACAUGGAUGUGGAGCAGGCCUUGAGGGAGAGUACAGUGCCUAGGUAUGAAUAUCUGAGACGUGAAGGAAACUUUGAAAGAUCUUCUGGACUACAAAUGGGAGUGGACACCAUAGCCGACAGCCACAGCAUUGUGUUCCUGUGUGAUCUGCAUAUUCACUUCCCGCUGAGCAUCCUGGAGAGCAUCAGGAAGCACUGUGUUGAGGGCAAACUCGCCUUCGCUCCCAUCGUCAUGCGGCUGGACUGCGGGAGCUCACCGCUGGAGCCAAACGGUUACUGGGAGGUCAAUGGCUUUGGCCUGUUUGGAAUUUAUAAAUCAGAUUUUGACAAGAUUGGGGGCAUGAACACUGAGGAAUUCAAGGACCGCUGGGGAGGAGAGGACUGGGAGUUCUUGGACAGGGUUCUGCAGAAUGGUUUGGAGGUUGAGAGACUGAGACUUCGGAACUUUUACCACUACUACCACUCCAAACGGGGCAUGUGGAAUACUCCUAUAAAGAAACCGAGUCAAGGCUAG